AUGGGAUUAUUAGCUUCACCUGUAUUCGAUAAGUCGAUAAGACAGGACUUGAUCACAACAUUUGAAAUAUUUUACCAUGAUCAACAAACACUUACUUUCCAAAGAUUCAAAGAGACAAUAGAGUCUGUAACUCAGCAUGCUCUAAGGGAUUUUGAUUCAAUCAAAGACAGUAAUUACAGAGGAUCGUACACUUGUGACUCGCAGGAGUGGAAAGAAGGAGAAAAUUUCAUCCGUGUUAAAAAUUACAUCUCGGUGCAGUUUGACAAAGGUUACUGGGUGGAUUAUGUUCACGAUCUUAAAGCUGUUGCCAAAUCAAAAGAAUACGAUUGUCCGAAUGGUUGGGCCGAAUAUAAAGCUGUACCUGGAGCUGAUUAUGACACAAAAACUGAAUUGUGUACAAGUGUAAUUUUCCUAACCACACCACCAUAUUUUGACAUCGAUAAGCCAUUUAGUCCUACUCUGGCCAACCCUUACUCUGUAGAGUACAGAGAAUUUGAGAGGCCUCGGGCUCGAGUUUGGGAAUCAAGAAGAUGUGUGCUUGGAUCAACGAAUUACUUCUUUGGGAUUUGUAAAAACGAUCACAAUUCGGAUACUGAUUUAAGUAUCCGUAAGCUGAGUUUAAGAGUACAAUCAUGUGACACCAGCAAAAAUGAAGUUGUGACGGAUGCUCGAUUCCAUGAACAAGACCAUAAGAUCCACAUCAAGCUUCGAUGUGGUGUACUUAAGGACGGUACAAUUGAUCCACAUACUUUAAGAUGGACUGAAGACAAUGAACGCUUCUCAGAGAUCAAACCUCGAGAAUAUGUUGUGUUGAGUUCAAAGUUGAAAUCCUUCAAUCUCGACAAUGUUGUGGUUCCUAACGGGGUAUUAGUCACAGGAGCUGGGUUCAAAGUAGUUGAUGAUCAUUUUAUUUCGUUGGUGGUCAAAGGAAAUAAGAUCAAUAAUUACAAUCAUGGAAACACAUUUGGUGCUGAUGAUUUAUACCCGGCUCCGAAGUCUGGAAAACCAAGGAAAGGCAUAGACCUCAGUUUUAUUGAAAGACCGCCGAGAAUCAUGGGUCAAACUCACGAAAUGAGUAAAUCAGGAGAAAAUUACAUCAAUUUAACUCUCUCCAAAUGGUCUAAUGAGUAUAAUAAUAAUGCAAUAGUGCCAUAUUUCGACAUGACUUCAUAUGGGCCGAAAUAUGGGCUUCCUUCAGUGGUAACACCCCUGGGUGGACUUGGAUUGUUCUACAAGAGUUUGCCAGGUUACACUGGAUUCUUGGCCUUCAAACGUCUUUCUCCAACAUACGUUUACUACGUUGACAACGAAGUGACAGUUAACUCAGCUCUAAGGACAGCUGGAAAGCGACACAAUGGAUGGAACUAUAGAUAA